AAUUAAACAUUGAGCAGACGGAAAAAAGAAAAAAAAAAAAAAAUUCAAGAUUCAAGAGUCCAAAUCAAAUAGCCAAAACCAAAGAAAUUCUCCCUAGUUAAGCCGUGUAUAUAGAUGCUGGGACUCUUGCCGACCCUUUUGAAUUGAAAUACCCAAUAUGAUACGAGUGCGGCCACUUCAUAGCCAUAAGUGCCGGCUAUGGUGGUGCAGACCCAAGUAUAAGACAUUACUACCGGCAAUAAGAUUGAAGCAUAAUAAUUCCAAGUUAGAUUUCGAAGAGAAUGCCAAUAAGACACGCCAGACGAUUUCCAACAAGCUUUCGAACUUUGUUCUCGAGUUUAUCAAACAGGAAACGGACUACUUGGCUCAAUCGAUAAUCCAUGAUCCGUACUCAUCUCAGGUCAUCAAGUCCGACAAUCUACCUUACCAACACUUAUAUUCGAAUUUGGAUACCAAUAUACAGAGAAGAUUGGAAGGAAUCCCCGACGAAUACCACCGGCUCGUGGCACUACUCUCGUACAACCACAUAUUAAUCCAUCCCGAGAUUUACAUGAGCCAUUACGGAAAUAUCAAGACUCGUCUUGAUGACCAGAUACAGAAGCUACUUAUACGGAGGUUGGCGGCGCAUGGGAGAUUCGAGGAAUGUUUUAAGAUUUUUUUUGAACAUCAAUUAUCCACCCUUAAUGAUAUGGAAGACUUUUUAGAUUUAGUAAUUGGUGAGCUUGAGCAGAAACGCAAUACUGACAUUGGCAUAUAUGAGCUACUUCUAGCCUGUCAAAGCAGUGCUUUAAACCAAAGCUCCAUAAACUCGUUGGUGGAUUCAAUAAGUUAUAGAAGCCAAUACAGCAAUAAGAAAGGGUUCCGUAUAAUUGAGAUUCUUCUGGAAUUACAAGCAGUCGAAUCGAUUCCGGAGCUUGAGCUCUUCACUAUAUCCAGAAAGACGGAUUUAUCCCUGGAUAACGUGCUUAGAAUGUUUAAGUAUAGAAAACAUCACGAACUAAUAUAUUCCAACAAUCAUGUCGAUGAGUUGACCAAACAAAAUAUGCUCAAAGCAUUGGUUAACGAGAUCUAUGAUGAUAAACCAGCAUUUCAAACAGCGGGAUUUCUAUCCCUUUUCAUUUCCUCCACGCCAUUAGGACUACCGCAGACUCCAACCAAUGAAAAUGUUAAUCCAAUUGAACCAAAUAUUCUUUUAUCUGUACUAUACAAAGCUAUAUUUAAGGAUAAAAAAUUAUCCUUUAACGACUAUGACGCCCUUCAUUUGGUAAGAAAUUGCCCCCCUCAGCAUUUUAAAAACUUGUACAUAUUACUCCAUCGAAAUUCGAUUUCAAAAUUGCAUAACUCCCCUUAUAUCAUUAGCUAUUUUGCUGCCUUAUUAACCAGUGGGAAGGACUUACAGACGCUUUAUUUGUUUUCUAGUAAGUACUCGAGUCUCAUAAACCAAGAGACGUCUCUGCAUAUAUUAUCCAAAUUGUUCCCAACAGCCAACUUCGAGUCGUUUGUUAAACGGCUUUAUAAAAAUCCAAAGGAGAAAAAUACUAUCAUAGCCCAAAAAUUCAUCGAACAGCUCAAUCCUAAAAUCAGCAUAACCCAAUUGGGGACUCUCCUAGCGACCUUUGUCAAGGACGAAGGGUUGUCGACCCAGUUUGACAAUAUCCUCAAAAUGUUGAAUCGUGAUAACUUCACCACAGACGAAAUCUUACACUGUCUCGAAGGAUUACUAGACAUAUCUGGACCGACUCGUCGCCAACUAUUGGAAAUUGGCCGAUGUGCCUUAUCUCGCAACAAUAUCACGAACCCCGAGUUCAUGGGCCCGUUUUUCCAAAGGCUUUUACAAAGGUGCUGGAAUAAAAAUACCAUUUUGCAAAGAAUAUCCGACCCAUCAACAGUGACAAAAUCUUCCGACCCGUUUCAUACCUUAUACGGAAAUACCAGUGAAGCGGAAAAGGCCAAACUUCAUAAUACCAUUCGUGCUUUUGCACAAACCCUUUCUCUCUUAAAUGCAGAGGAAAUAGGGCUGGCUCUCAAUUCCAUCAAUUCAUUCAUGCAUUCAGAUAGAUUCACGUUUGUCAACACUCAGAUCGGUAAGAAAUACGUCAUGGAUCAGCUUCUCUACGAUACAACUAGAUUCAUAGACCGAGCUCAUCUUAAAAGCCCCAAACAGGGGGUUGUUAAAGUGAGAAACAUUCUUUUCAAGCUAAACUUCGAUGCUAGAAUUGCCCAAUGUGCGUUAUAUCGGUUCAUAGUCAAGGAUGAUCCCCAUAAAUGCUUACAGAUUCUCAAUGCUUAUAAAGACAAUACCACUACCGUCAGAAGUGACAUGAUGCAAGACAUCAUGCUAGGCAUUUUAACCACUCAUCGAUUGAACGGAAUGGACAAACUUCAACUAUUCGAGCAUUUCAGAAAAGAGAGCAUGGACUCGGGUUUCGCCAUUAGUCUAAAACCAAGAACCAUUGUCAAGCUAAUCGAACUAAUCAUUGAUGUCACCGAAAAAGACCCCAAUAAAUCGCUCGGCUCAAUCUCCUGGGUCCUCCGCUACGCUUCGGAUAAAAAAGUUCCAUUUGAUAUCAUUCAAUCUUGGAAAGUGAAAAUUUUCAGCAACAGAGGGCCCAUGACGUAAUUCUACUUUUACUCAUUAUAAAAUAAAAGGAUCGUAAAUAGUGCUUAUAUUAAAAAACCCUUGAUUCUUUUACUGUGAUCCGAAAGAUUGCAAAAUGUAAAACAAAGCCCGUACACCCAUAGUGUACCGACCAUUUUCGAUUUGUGCGUUUUAUGCCGAUGAAAUGAGGUUAGUACAAAUAUAUCAAAAGUUUUGACAAAA